AACGGACGUGAGUCGCAUCGGACGCGGCAGAUCGCGCGAACUCGCGUUUGGAGACGAAAAAAUAAAUCAGUCCCCAAAAAUCAUUUUAAAGUGUCAAAACCAAUAUAAUACAAUUUACUGAAAGUGCAUUAGGAUAACGGGAUCAUGGAGAUAAAACAAGACGGAGGCUAGACAACUUGACACCAGUUGCUUGCACUCUAUUCAUGAGUUUGAGAUAGAGUGAGACGGACUAUGUACGGCGGAAAAAAGAGAGAGGAGGAGUUGGAUCAAUUCAACAUCCACGUGGCUCGAUAUCGACCAGAAGAGUUGACCAAACUCACAAAAACCACCAAAUUCACCAGGAAAGAGAUCCAGCUAAUCUACAGGGGCUUCAAACAGGAGUGUCCUACAGGAAUGGUGGAUGAAGAGUCUUUCAAGCACAUAUUCUCACAAUUUUUUCCUCAAGGAGAUGCCAGCCAGUACGCGCAUUAUGUGUUCAAUACAAUCAAACAUAAUCAGACGGGGAAAAUUAGUUUCGAGGACUUCCUGGGCAUCCUGUCGAAGGUCUCCCGAGGCAGUGUGCAGGAGAAGCUGCAGUGGAUCUUCGGCCUGUACGACCUGAACGGGGAUGGCCUCAUAACCAAGAAGGAGAUGCUGGAAGUGGUGAGCAGUAUCUACGAGAUGCUGGGUCGCUCCACGCAGCCUCAAGUCGAUGAACAUUCCGCCAAGGAGCAUGUCGAGAAGAUCUUCCAUUUGAUAGACACGAACAAAGACGGAGUUGUGACAAUCGACGAACUAGUGGAGUGGUGUUCGAGAGACGAACAAAUCCUUCAAUCUCUGGAAACGCUCGAUACCGUAUUGUGAUCUCUAGGCUGUGUCAUCUAAUAUCCACGCGCGUUGUAAUAAUGUUAAGAACUUGAAAAAAUUACCCUUUCUUCAUCGAACUUCUACUUCCAAUUCAUAUAAGUAUAUUGUUCUCAUAUUAGGCACAAUCUAUCAUUGUUGAAAUUGAUGAAUAAAAGGUAAGGAUCACCCUGGACUUCAAGAUUUCUUCAAAAAUUAAUCAAGUUGAAUAGUUUUUGAUAAUUUGCUCUCGCCUUUUUUUCUAGAUUAUGGGAUUCUGAA